AUGGCGGCGAACAGCGUCCCUCCUGGGAUGCUUCUCGCGUUCUCGGUUCUGCUUGCCGCGGGCGCAUGGUUGCUGAUGAAGUCGCGCGGGCCACACCCCUCGAAAAAGAUGAAGUCGCCGGGGACGUCCCCACCCAAGAACAAGAAGGGGAAGCCGAAGCCAUCCGUCCCUCGCCGCACGACGAGCACCAUCAAUCACGAAUCGGCGGCUGGGAGGAUCGAGUCAGCGCGGCGCAACCCCUUUGGCGGCCAGGCGUACGAGGACCUUGCGCUCGAGUGCGCCAGCAUUGACGCCCCGCGUUCUUGGCAGGACCCCCUUUUUCCGCACUCCAACGAGAGCUUGUUUAUCGGAGGUGUUGAGCCAAAAGACUGGCUCCGCGACGGCGAGCGCGGGGAGGUGCUCAAGAACGUCCAUCUCAGCUGGGAGGGCCCGUGGGUAAUUUGCGGCACAAGGCGGCCUCUGGGCACCAACUCUCGAGGAGAGGCAUCGUGGCUCUUCCACCGCCUAGAUGGUGAAGAAUGCGGCCUGGAUGCGCACGACGUGCAGCAGGGAAGCCUCGGCGACUGCUACUUCCUUAGCGCUCUUGCGCUCGUCGCCACGGACACCUGUUGCGCCGACGGCCUCGUCGAUGACGAACUAGACGCAGCGGGCUGCUACGGCGUCAGCUUUUGGGUCGACGGCGCUUGGCAGAUGGUCUACGUAGACGGUUUUUUCCCUUGCUACACUCCCAAUAAUGUGCAUGCGUCUGUGCGGCCCACACCGGUCUUCGCCAAGUCAGCCAAUCGACGAGAGAUCUGGCCCAUGGUCGUAGAGAAAGCAUUUGCUAAGCUCCGCGGGACGUAUCAGGCCAUUGGCGGUGGCGGGAGGGUCGCGACUGCUUUGCAAGCACUCACAGGCGGCAGUGCGACGGCCAUCCCCACCUCCGUCGGGGCGGACCGGCUGUGGAAGGGGCUUUGUGAUGCGGUCGAGGAUCCAAGUAUUCUCGUGGGGGCUGGAACUCGCUCGGAUGCGACAGAAGAGGAGCGGUGCGGGAUUAUCGACGGGCACGCGUAUGCGGUGCUCCAUGCGGUGGAGGUGAGUGGCCACAGGCUUCUGCUCCUCCGCAACCCGUGGGGGCACGGGGAAUGGAAGGGGCCGUGGUCUGAUGGCUCCAAAGAAUGGAGCUCGCACCCGGAUUGCCGGGCCGCGGCCGGCAAUUUCAACAGCGACGAAGACGAUGGCGACUUCUGGAUGAGCGUCGAUGACUUUUGCUCAGUCUUCGCAACGGUCGAUAUGUGCCGACUUCCUGGUGACCACCACCGCCGGACGCAGAAUGCCGAGCUGCAGCCGAUGAAAGAACGGAAGGAGGAGGGGGCUAAGCAGCUGCUAGGGAACGAAAACAUCAAGCCUCAACUGGAUGAGUGGCUGGUGGGGACAGCGGCUGAAUCACCUCCGGCUUCACCGAGCAGGGGCAGCGGCAAAAAGCAUAGGAAGAACAGAAAGUAG